UCUGCAGGGGGGCUUCAUUGCCUCGGCAACCUGACAGUUAGCAGCUCCGUGGUGAUACAACAUGGGUUAUCUGAGCAAUGAAAUUGACCAAGACAAUAAGGAAAAUGAUCCUGUUGCUGCAAUACGCAACGGGAAAGAAGUUAUAUUACAGGCCUUCAAUUGGGAGUCUCAUAAACAUGAUUGGUGGAGCAACUUAGAGAAAAAGGUCCCCGAUAUAGCAAAAUCUGGUUUUACGUCAGCAUGGUUACCCCCAGCUACACAAUCAUUCGCACCAGAAGGUUAUCUUCCACAGAACUUGUACUCUCUUAACUCUUCAUAUGGUUCCGAGCAUCUGUUAAAAGCUUUACUCAACAAGAUGAAAACGCACAAAGUCAGAGCUAUGGCUGACAUAGUUAUAAAUCAUCGAGUUGGGACGACCCAAGGGCAUGGUGGAAUGUACAACCGCUAUGAUGGAAUUCCGUUAGCGUGGGAUGAGCGUGCUGUGACAGUUUGUACUGGGGGAAAGGGAAACAAAAGUACUGGGGAUAAUUUUAACGGGGUCCCGAAUAUUGAUCAUACACAAGAAUUCGUGAGGAAAGACAUUAUCGACUGGCUAAGAUGGUUGCGGAAUACUAUCGGUUUCCAGGACUUCCGCUUUGAUUUUGCUAGAGGUUAUUCCGCAAAAUAUGUGAGAGAAUAUAUAGAUGGUGUCAAGCCGAUAUUUUGUGUAGGGGAAUACUGGGAUUCUUGCAACUAUAGAGGCAGCUACCUGGAGUACAACCAAGAUAGUCACAGACAAAGGAUCAUCAAUUGGAUUGACGGCACAGGACAACUAUCAGCUGCAUUUGACUUCACAACAAAAGGGAUUCUGCAGGAAGCUGUUAAAGGAGAGCUCUGGCGCCUGCGCGAUUCUCAAGGGAAGCCACCUGGCGUCAUGGGGUGGUGGCCCUCAAGAACCGUCACGUUUCUUGAUAACCAUGACACUGGGUCAACUCAGGCUCAUUGGCCUUUCCCGUCGAGCCAUAUUAUGGAGGGAUACGCCUACAUACUCACACAUCCAGGAAUACCCUCAGUAUUCUACGACCAUUUCUACGAUUGGGGUAGUCCAAUCCACGACGAAAUUGUGAAGCUGAUUGAUAUUAGGAAGCUUCAAGGAAUACACAGUCGAUCGCCAAUCAAUAUUCUCGAAGCACAGCCAAAUUUGUACGCUGCAAAUAUUGGCGACAAAAUAUCGAUGAAGAUUGGAGAUGGUUCGUGGUCUCCUCCCGGAAAAGAAUGGACACUCGCAACCAGUGGACAUAGAUACGCCGUGUGGAAGAAAUAGACGCAUCACACUUCUUUAUAUGCUAGUAAGAUAUACAAUAUAUAUGUGUGUGUAAUGUGUGUAAGUUUAAAAUAAGGUCUCAGUUGACCAUAAUGGAUGCUAAGUUAUGAUUAUCUAUAAGAAGAUAUAUUUCAGCUUC